CCCAGGGGAAUACUAAGUGGAUAGAAACGCAUGACAUGAGGCCCGAGAGCUGUGAACUUUGUCGCGGACCGCUGAUCUGGUACGGCAACUCGAUCAAUUGUCGGGUGAUAUAAAGAGGCAGUGUGAGCAGGAAGCAAUCCUCUUUGUGCCCGCUGCCAGUUCUUGAUCAACCUCCCUCAAAAUGCUCGUCGUUCCUUUCCUGUUGGCUGUCGCCACCGCGACAUCCGUCUCUUCGGCUGCUCCCACUCCCACUACCGUGACACCUGCCGGAACGUAUACGGGCAAGGCCUGCCCGCAGUCGCCCACAUACGCACAAUACUUAGGCAUCCCCUUCGCCAAGCCGCCUACCGGUGACUUGCGAUUCGCGGCUCCCGUCGCAUACGAUGGUCCAUUCAAGUCCAACGUUACCCAGAUGCCGCCGGCUUGCUAUCAGAACGCUUUCUCCGGAUUCCCUGUGCCCGCUAACCAAAGCGAAGACUGUUUAUUCCUCAACGUUUACGCGCCCGUUAUCAGACCCGCCAAGCCUCUGCCCGUUCGUUUCUUUAUCUAUGGAGGUGGAUUCCAGAGUGGUGACGUCUCUUCCCACUAUUACGAUGGAUGCCAGGCCGUAAGAAGGGCCGCGCCUCCUACGGAUUCGAUUGUCGUCACCGUGAAUUACCGCGUUGGCCCACAAGGAUUCUUGGCACACCCUGUUUUCGCCGCGGCCGAUGGGUCCGUCGGCAAUUACGGAUUCCUCGACCAGCAGCUUGCUCUGAAAUGGGUCAAGGCCAAUAUCCGACAGUUUGGCGGCGACCCAGCAAAAGUUGUAAUAUUUGGAGAGUCAGCAGGAGGAAAUUCCGUUUUCGCCCAUAUGGCCGCCCCAUCCAGCGCCGGUCUCUUCUCCGCGGCUGUGUCGCAGAGCGGUCUCGCAGUCGGGAUGUUCCCCAAGGAUGUCGCAGCGGAAGUCGCUCGCGAGUUUGCGAACAACGCCGGAUGCACUUCCGGGGAUGUUGCCUCGUGUUUAAGGUCCUUACCGCCUGCAGCUAUCUUGAACGCGAGCAUGGUUUCACCGUCUCUCGGGCAACCGGGCUACAAGUUUACGGACAUACUCAAGUACGGGACUCCGGACUAUGGGCUGGUCCAAGACGCGGUGACUUUUCCGAAUGUGUCGCGAGAUGCUUUCCUGAGCGGAGAGUUCAACAAGGUGCCCGUGCUCGCGGGCACAAAUCUCAAGGAGGCCAAUCUGUUCUUACCAAGACACAACUUUACUGAGGACGAUUACAAGACUUAUAUAUCGGAUUCCUUCCCGGCCAACCUGACCUCCGCCGUCUCAGCGCUUUAUCCUCUUUCCGCAAUGUCCCCGGCGGCCGCAAUCUCCCAGAUCGCUACGGAUCGUUGGAUGGCGUGUCCCAGUCGUCGCGACCUGAAAGCCAUUGCCGCGGCCGGAGUUCCCACCUACGCCUACCUCUACAAUGUCACGCUUUCUUGCAACUUCAUCCCAGGCGUUCCGUCCAAAUUGCUCGGGCCGUCGCACUACUCGGAAAUCCCACUCGUCUUUGAUUUCACCACCUUCGCCGGGCCUUGUACUGCCACCCAGGCGGAGCAGGAUCUGGCGCUUGCCAUGGGCAUCGCCUGGACAUCCAUGGCCGAGCGGGGUCGUCCGUUCAAUGACACCGCCGCGACAUGGCCACAGUACCCGGGGUAUGAGGAUCUGAGCGUGGCCGGGCCUACCGCCGUUACCACGGAAAAACAGCUUGACUACUGGAAUCCUCGCUGCGCGAUUUUCGACCAGAUCGAUUGGCCCUACGUUAUUACGCAGACCAACUACACUACUCAAAGCAACGGUACUGGAGCCGCCUCGACACCUUCCGGGUCCUCGAGCGGGUCAAACACAAACUCAGCCUCGGCCCCGGCCGGGCACAUCGCCCCGGCUAUGAUGGUGGUUGUUGUUCUCGCACUUGCGAUCCUCUAAGCUAUAGGACAUUAGCAUCUCUCGUUGUUAGAAUUGUAUUUUAGAUUUCUUACUGUACAGUACACAGUCAUGUCUACAACCGGUCAGCCGCGCUAGAAACUUCCUAGUAGCGCCAAACUUUGCUGCAGGGAAUCCCGCCUUCCAAACUUCUCGUCUGCUGCCCAUGGCUAAGAAGAAAACACGUUGUGCUUCGGUAAGGCGCGCAGGACGA